GAGCCAGCCUACACCCCACAAGUGGAGGCCAUCUCUCCCAUCAUGCCUCAGGAAGACCCAGCCAACAAGAUCCUCAGAGAGGAACUUCUUGCCAAUAUUGCCCAGGUAGACAGGGACAUGGUGAACGUGGAGCAGCAGAUUGGCAAGCUGAAGAAGAAGCAGGCUGAACUCCUGGAGAACAAAUCCAAGCCCCAGGAAGAAAAAUCUGAUGACCAUGAGCUGGUCUAUGAGCCGAAGCACCAAAGCAUUGCUCAGGUUAUUUAUGCCGAGAACAGGAAAAAGGCUGAAGCUGCACACAAGGUUUUUGAGAAACUCGGCCCCAAGAUUGAGUUGCCUCUGUACCACCAGCCUUCAGACACACCUGUUUACCAUGAGAACAUUAAAAAACAUAAAGAGUUCAGAGCAAGACUGAUACUUCAUCUGAAGCGGCGUAAUCAGGCCAGGCGAAUUCGGGAGCGCUACUUGACCGAACGCUAUGAUCAGCUGAUGCAGUCCUGGCUGAAGAAGACAGAGAAGUUUGAGAAUAACUCCAAGAGAAAGGCAAAAGAGGCCAGAAUGCGAGAAUUCUACGAAAAGGUGUUUCCAGAGAUCAAGAAACUCCGAGAGGAAAAAGAAAGCAAACAGGGAACCCGAACCGGCCAGGGAGGAUAUGUCCGCAGUGAUGCAGAGAUGGAGCAGAUCAUGGACGGACUCACAGAGCAGGAGGAGGAAGAAAAGAAGAUGAGAAGCCUGUCGGUGAUCCCCCCGAUGAUGCUUGAUGCUCGGCAGCGCAAGAUGCGCUUUGUCAACAACAACGGCCUGCUGGAGGACGCUCUAGAGGUCCACAAAGAGCGCACAGAACCACACUGCCCGAUGGACUGA